AUGGGAUGGUUAAUGGAGCAGAAAGCCCUAGAAAAUUCUAGCAAAAUAGGGUUAGCUAAUAAAGAUAGAAAAAAUCGACCCAUGCAGCAGGAAGACGAAUAUCGAAUUCAGAUGGAAUUAAACCGGUAUUAUUUGAGAAAAGAUUCCCUUACUGUGGGUGUAUCUUCAGAGCAAAGCUUUUAUGAGACAGAAACGGCUCGUACACCUUCUAGCCGUGAAGAAGAAGUUUUCUUCUCCAUGGCUGAUAUGGACAUGUCCCAUAGUGUCUCUUCUCUCCCACCCCUUGGUGACCCUCCGCACAUGGACCUUGAGUUGUCUUUAACUAGUACAUACACCCCAGCAGGAUCUCCGUUAAGUACGACUGUGCUCCAGCCAGCAUGGGGAGAUUUCCUUGAUCAGCAUAAAGAACAGCCAGUGAGAGGGUCAGCAUUGCCUUCCAGCCUAGUUCACCCGGCACCUUUACAAAAGACUG